AUGAAAAUGAAAAUUAAUAAUUUAAUUUUAAUUUCAAUUUUAAUAUUAUGUAAAAUUUUAUUAAUUAAUUGUAGUUGUGAACAUGAUUGGCAAUGUGGUAAUACUCCAUAUACAAGAUGUAGAACAAAUAAAACUGUAAUUGAUCAAUAUGAUAAUAGAAUUGAUAUUGAUAAAGUUCAUGGUAGAUUAUUUUUUACAGUUCAAUAUCCAGAUGAAUUUGAAAAACGUGUUGUAUCAAUUCCAGUUGAUGGUAGUAAUGGAAAUGACGUAAUUAGUCAUUCAACAUUAUAUGGUCAAUCAACAUACCAAAUCAUUCAAGGAUUAAUUCAAUAUGUUGGACCAAUUUCAAAAUCAAUGGUGAUCAAUAGAAGUGUAAGAAUCGCUGGUACAACAGCCAAUAUUUUCUUUUCAAACAAUACAUUUGGUAAUGAAUUAACAUGGACAGUACCAGGUAAUUUCAUAUUUGAUGAAAUUAAUAAUAUACAAUGGACUUGUUGGCCAUACACCAAUGGUGUUUAUAAGGGUAAAAUUGGAGAAUACAAUAAUUUGGGUAGCCAAUUAUAUUCUGGUGUAGUAGUUGCAAUUAGAGCUUACCAAAGCUCAUUAUUGAUCCAAGACGGUAAUGGUUCAAUUCGUAAUGGUAAUUUAAACGGUCCACAUGCAGUUAUCUCAAGUUUACCUAUGAUUUUCCAAGAUUCAAAUAUGGGUAUUUUCGAUGUUGAUGAUUCAUCUAAUCGUAUAUUUUACACUAGUAAAUCUGAUAAUAAAAUCUAUCAAGUUUUAAUAUCUUCAACAAAUCAAAAAAAAGUUAUAUUAGAUAUUGGUUUCAUUCCAACAUUUUUUAAAUAUCAUAAUAAUUGGUUAUAUUAUCAACAAGGUGGUAAAAUUGUAAGAGUUUCCACCAAUGGUGAUAACUUACCUCAAAUUUUAUUUGACUCAUCUUCAACUGUUGGUCAUUGUAUUUGUGCUCAAGGUUUCACUGGUUCAUCAUGUAAUCAAUGUGAUACUUCAAAAAAUAUUAUUAGUUGGGUAAAUGGUAUACCAAGAUGUAUUCCAUUAGCUUCUGAUGGUAAUCCAAUAACUUGUGAUUUUAAUUAUCAAUGUUCACCAUAUAAUGUUAAAAUUUGUAAAGAAAUUGUUUUAUCUGGUGGUAAUAAAGGUUGUUCAACUUGA